UCCCUCCAGCGCGUGACUCGCGGCUAACAUGACUCGCUGCCAUGUACGAUUCACGGGGGAAAGAUGGUUGCGAGCACCCGUGUGCAGAAGCUCCUUAGACGGUAUAAACUCGCAAUCGCGGCCGGUUUAACGAUCCUGCUGAUCCAGGGGCUGGUUGUAUGGAGCCUGCGGAGUCUGGAGGAGGGAGAGGCUGAGCGGAAGCACAGACGGUCGAAGUUGCCCGACCACAAUGGGCAGGAGCAAAAGAUGGACCCUGUGGCCUUUGACAGGCAAAACGCCCUGUCUGGGGCGAACCACGGCCAGUGGAGGCAGGGUCAGGAUCGGCCCGCCGUGACCACCAUCAUCAGGAGGGGGUCAAGACGGAGAAGCAAGCCCUCACUGAAGGACAAGAGUCUUGGCAGGCUGGAAGAUGGAGUGGCAGUUGAAAAAGUUGCCCAUUAUGAUCCCUCGAGCAGCCGUAACUUCAGCGAGACUCGGGCAGGGGAAAUGGCCAAAAUACAUCUAGUGGCACCAGGAGAGCCAGGCAGCGUCGAGGGUGCUCCUCAAGUCCCGAGCAGUGACUUUGUGCCCAAAUGUGAGAUCUCAGGCAAGGACGCCCUGUCUGCCCUCCACCGUGCAGGUUCGCGGCAGUGUAGACAGGAGAUCGCCAACAUCGUCUGCCAGCACCAAGCAGGACAACUCAUGCCUCAGUCUCUGCCUCAGUUUUGCCCACAGCAUGUGAUCUCCAGUGCUGUCCAGCAUGCAGAUUUUUCUGACACUGACCUCUCCAAGGUGGAGAACCCCGUCAGGGUGGUUUUUGUGCUGGUGGUUCAUGGACGAGCAGUCCGACAGUUGAAACGUCUCCUCAAAGCCAUCUAUCACAAAGACCACUUUUAUUACAUCCAUGUGGACAAGCGUUCAAACUACAUGCAUCGGGAAGUGCUGCAGAUGGCGGAGCUCUACUCCAAUGUGAGAGCCACGCCCUGGCGCAUGGUCACCAUCUGGGGUGGGGCCAGUCUGCUGAAGGCCUACCUGCGCAGCAUGCAUGACCUGCUGUCCAUGUUGGACUGGAAGUGGGACUUCUUUAUCAACCUCAGUGCCACCGACUUCCCCACCAGGACCAACGAUGAGCUUGUGGCUUUUCUCUCCCAGAACCGUGACAAGAACUUCCUGAAGUCUCAUGGCAGAGAGAACGCAAGGUUCAUUAAGAAGCAGGGUUUGGACCGCCUGUUCCACGAAUGUGACAACCACAUGUGGCGUCUGGGCGAGCGCAGCAUCCCUGAGGGGCUGGAGGUGUCAGGAGGCUCAGACUGGUUCUCCCUCACGCGGAAGUUUGUGGAGUAUGUGGUAAACUCACAGGACGAGCUGGUGACGGGGCUCAAGCAGUUUUACACCUACGCUCUUCUGCCUGCUGAGUCUUUCUUUCACACAGUGCUGGGAAACAGCCACAUGUGUGAUACUUUGGUAGACAAUAACCUGCGUGUGACCAACUGGAACCGGAAGUUGGGCUGCAAGUGCCAAUAUAAGCACAUAGUGGACUGGUGUGGCUGUUCACCAAAUGACUUCAAACCCUCAGACCUCAUCAGAAUACAGCAACUAACACGGCCUACGUUCUUCGCCCGUAAGUUUGAAUCCACUGUGAAUCAGGAGGCUAUUGACAUCCUGGACAAUCAUCUAUAUGGGCAGUACCCACCUGGCACGGUGGCACUAAAAGCAUACUGGGAGAGCCUGUUCGAGCAGGCUGAUGGGGUCUCAUCCCUCAAUGAUGUGGCCCUCACGGCAUACUCCUCCUUCUUUAGACUGGGACUCCAUAGGCAGGAGACCACUCAAAGCAGUUCUGAGGCCUGCAGGUUUGAACCCAUUGGCUACCCUGUCUCGGUGCACCUGUAUUUUUAUGAUGACCGAUUCCAGGGUUACCUGGUCAGGCAGGAGGUGCAGAAUGUGGUGACCAGAUCCCGUGAGAUGCUGGAGGUGUGGGCUGUUCCUCAAGCAACACUGCAGCUGGAACACAACCUUCAUGAGUUUGAGCGCCUCAAACACCUUGAGGUCGGAACUGAGUGGGACCCAAAGGAGCGAAUCUUCCGUAACUUUGGUAGUGUGAUGGGACCUCUAGACGAGCCAGUGGCAGUUCAGAAGUGGGCUCGUGGGCCCAACCUGACAGCCACUAUAGUGUGGAUUGAUCCAGCGCACAUAGUAGCAGCCUCCUAUGACAUCAGCAUAGACGUUGAGGCAGAGUUCACGCAAUACAAGCCACCCCUUCAGCGCCCCCUCAGGCCUGGAGUUUGGACGGUGCGUGUGCUGCGGUUAUGGGAGCGUGUAGCAGAAGCACGCUUUCUGGUCAUGCCUCUGGCCUUCAAGGGACGCGAGCCCUUGCGCACAGAAGACCAUGGCUGGGUACAUGCAGGUCCUCCAGGUAAUGUGUACUUGGAGCAAAGCUUCCAGCAGCUUGCCCAUGUGUUGAAGCUGCCGCCCAGCGAGCCUGCCCUGCAGGAGGCCCAGAAGAAGACCUCCCUGGUGGGUAAGCCACUGGAGGCCUGGGUGGACAACUCCGUGGGUGCUUUCUGGGUCACUGGAGAUAUUUGUUCUGAGCAGACCUCUUCCUGUCCCUCCAUUGGACUCUGCACCAAGACCUCUUGGAGCUCCUUGUCUCCUGACCCCAAAUCAGAACUGGGGCCAGUCAAAAGUAACGGUCGCAUUAGGUAGCCUUAUAAGCUCAAAAGUGGAGCAGAGUGGCGAAGGCCCUGAAGAACAGUCCACAAGAGUGAUGUUUACGAGUCGUGGUCUUUGAGACCAUCCCAUUACUAGUUGAGGCACCUUCUGUUGAGGGCAACUGGUUGAGGGUGAAUCUACGAAAGAAAACGUUUAAAUUUGCACAAGAAGACUGCCAGAUGUAGACAUGUAUGAGUCUUGCUUUUAUAAAUCAAUGUUCAGAUGUCACCUAAAUACGUUGUUACAAGGUUCGGAGUCUUAUUAGCACAUAGUUUACGGUGUGGGUUUAUGAUACAAAGACCCAAAUCUCAACAAUUUUACAAUUUUUUUUUUUUUGUUACAAGAAAAAAAAAACUGUGCACAUUAUUUUCCUCUUUAAAACAGUGGCCAAAAUUCAUAUUUGAAGCUGUUGGAGGUAAGUUGCUGGAAUCCUCUGGCUGUAUCGCUAUGCUUAUUUUGAAGCAUUAAUAUCCAAACUUCAGAAGCAGAUUGAAGAAGUGCACUUUACUGUAAGGCGGAGCUCCCUUCUGAUUGGCUAAAUCUCAGCAGAGGAGGCGGAGCUUGUAGAAUCCAACGGAUCGAUGCAUUUGCUCACUUAACGUGUUCCAGAUGCUGCUCGGAGAUGCAGCAUUGCAUGAAAUCAUCGUAUACAGCAACAAAACAAACACUAACGAAAGCUGUCUGUCAGGAAACAAGAAUCUGAGUUUUGUAAUACUGUGACUUUGUCUUCGUGUUGAAUGUCCUUUGAGUUGAAAAACACCUCAUCUGGAGGACUUGCUUCGUCUAUUACUGCAAAGUUUGCUCAGCGGCACACAGAAGUACGAGGAUGUGGAUAUAAUUAUUUGAGACUGCCUGAACUGACCCUGCUGAAGAUCAGUCUGUGAUCUGUCACUCACUGGUCUUGUUACAGUAUUUCACUCUUAAUUCUGGUCUUCCACCAGUUUGGUUCUUAACUACGAAUACAUUUUCACUUUAUUUCUUGAACUGCAAUUGGUGUAGAACGGCACAAGAGCUUGAGACUUAAGUUACACUAGCUGCGGUUUUGUACCCAGAAAAUUUACAUUUACCCUUAUGUCAAUCUGUAUGACUUUCUCCUGUGGAACAUAAACAAAGACCUUACAAAUAAUGUUCACAUUGUUGAAUGAGCAAAAAAUGACUAUUCAAGUCUUGAGGAAACAGAAAGUUAUUUGCUGAAAAUCUCCCCUUCCUCAAUAUCUACAAAAUUGCAUUUGCACUUCCAUAAACUGAGUUUUUUUGUUUGUUUUUUUUUGUUUUUUUUUUCACACACCACCCGUUUCCAUUUUAAUGUUUUCAAAAUUUGCAUUAAAAUGGUUGGAUGGAAACGCAGCAGUCAAUGUCAAACCUGGUGCAAUACAUCUUGAUGUGCUAAGUGAUGUGAACCUACACAAAUGCAAGAUUUAAUUUCAGUUAUGAUGGAGAAGAUCUUCAGUUAAAUAGGUUAUCUCACCCUAAAAUGAAAAUUCUGUCAAUUUUACUCACCUUCAUGUCAUUUCAAACCCAUAAGACCUUCAUUCAUCUUUGAAACACAAAUGGCAAUUUUUAAAGAAGACCUAUUAUGCCCUUUAUUUCGUUUUUGGGCUCUACUAGAAUAGGUUUUCAUGCUUAAAUGUUCAAAAAACACUAUUUUUCUGAUAUUCGACAUUGUUGCAGUUCCUCUCUUCCCAGUCUGUAAGUAACACUCUGGAGUGCGUUUCCCAAAAGCAUCAUUAGCCAGCUAACAUAGUUCAAAGAUUUGGUGUUUCCCGAAACCAUAGUUCAAAUGAACAUUCACAAACUUGUGUGGUUGGAACGACCGCUCUCGAGCUGUGGUUAGAAGCAUAGUUUCUUGGUUUUUAUGACAUGUGGACUUAAUAAAUCCUCAUCUUGAGCAAUAUAUAUACAAGUGUCAUUUACAUGUUUUAGUUUGUCAAGAGAUUUUAAGAACCGUUUUUGAAGAGUGCGCAUGGGCGUACAUGCUCUGGUACGUAAGAACGAGCCUAUGAUUGAAACUGGAAAUAAAGCAAAGUAACUGAGGAAAAUGAGUAAUUUAUAGCAAAAAAUCUAGUAUUAAUUCAAUCUCAAACUGAUUCAUUUAAAGAAGUUAUUUCUCACCACCUGCGUGACGUCAUUUACCAACGUGGUUGAACGACAGAUUUUGCGACAAUAUGGUUUCGGGAAACAGUCAUGACUGUUCAAUGAUGCAUCGUACUAUGGUAGCGAAGCAGCGAGUUAUGUCGUUGUACGGGAAACACACCCCUCCUUCUGAAAAGCACAAUAUGCUCUGAUUGGUCGGCUGGAUCAGUGUGUUGUGAUUGGUCAACUGCUUCGGGCAUGUUUCUGAAAUGUCCCGCCCCUUACCAUAGCCGUGAGUUUCAACAAACUAUUAACAAACUCAACUAGGCCCCGCCCUUUUAUUUUGCAUAUGAAUUUGGCGGGCAUUAUUUAAAUGAGGAAUACUGUGACGUGUUGGUUCCCAGAAGAAAACUCAAGACUACAAUGGAGGCGUUUCAGAGAGUUCAGAAACAGUGUUAUUGAUAUAGAGAAUAACUCCCGCUGAAGUGACUUUGUAACUUUGAAGACCUUUUUCAUGCUUUUUCAAAUUUUGGAUGAAUGGACUUUUUAAUGGAGGUUUCAUUAAAAAUAUCUUCAUCUGUGUUUCAAAGAUGAAUACAAGUCAUUGGAACAAAACGAAGCCUGAAUUUUCAUUUUUGGAUGAACCAUCACUUUAAAUUUCAGUCUCACACAAAGCUAUGACUUCUGAAGAUUUGAAAAACACAAGUCAUAUGAACUGUAUGGGGUCUUUGUCUUUUUUGGAGCCUGACAGCACCAGGAUGUAAAACAUCAGCUUCCUUAUUGCAUUCCACAGAAGAAAGUCUUUCGGUUUGGAUCAUGAGGCUGAGUAAAUGAUGGCAGAAUGAACAUUUUGGGAGAUCUAUCCCUUUAAUUAAAUACGGAUGGGAUUGGAAAAGAUCCAUUUCCAUUUAUGUGUGUCAUAUCUGGUUGUCACUUUUUUAACCACACAUUUGUCCAUUUCUUGUUAUGUGUGCUAUUUUGCUUGCUCGCCUUCCAAUGAAGACACAUCACUAAGAAACAUAAGUUAAAACAAAUGUGUCUUGGGCGACAUGCUGCUUUUAUUUGACAAAUAUCAUGCUUCGUUGAUGGUGGAUUUUAGGUGCCCUGUGUUUCAAAGGGGUUUUUUCAGGUUUUGAUUUACUGAUCAGAAAACUCUUUUCUUUGUUGUUAGGUUCAAAGUGUCCUUUUUCUCUUCAUGUACAUGCUUCGUGUGAAGCUUUUGUGGUAUCAAAAGAAACAGUGAAUGAGGAUGUAAAGAAUGAAUGAAUGCUAUUUUUGUAUUUAAAGUCAUAUUUUAGCCUGUCAGUGAGAGUUUGAGAGUUUGCUGCUUCAGUUUUUGUUUUACCUUCAUCAUCAUCAUCAUCAUCAUCAUCAUCAGUCUCACUGGGUCUCUGUGAGGCGCAAAAACCAGUCCUAAACUGAAAGUUCGGGACACAUUGAACCAGAGCCUUAUUUUAGGGCUGAUGGGCAGCAUCAGAUGACACAUGAUGGCACAAUAAAGAUGUGAAAUCAAGUCA